CAAGAGAGGCGUGGAAUGUAGACAGAGCUUUUUGAAUUAAAUUAUACAAUGGGAAGAGAAACCGUGUGUUGGUAUGACAUUAAACAGGUUUGAGAGGUUAGGGAGUGGUUGUACAGUAAAUCUAAAUAAGAAAACUCCUUACCCUCUUCUCACACAUCAACAUGGCAACAAACGCCGCACUACUGCUCUGCCUCUCCACGGUCCUCAUUACCAAAGGGUCAAAGGCACAGGAAUGUGGAGAUGCUCCCCUGAACACAAAGAUAGUUGGUGGUGAGAAUGCCACAGAUGGGUCAUGGCCAUGGCAGGUCAGCCUACACUACCUUCCUAAUAAUAUGCACGUCUGUGGAGGAACCCUUAUUCAUCAACAGUGGGUUCUCACAGCAGCCCACUGUCUUACCGAGCCAGGGACUUCAGCUUCUGAUUGGGCACUCCACUUUGGAAAACUAACUCAGAGUGCAACCAGCAUUCAUGAGGUAACCCGGCCCGUUUCCCAAGUCAUCAUCCACCCUGACUACAACAACAACACCUUCGACAUGGACAUUGGCCUAUUAAAACUGAGCAGCCCGGUCACAUUCACUGACUACAUCAGACCUAUCUGCCUGGCAAGUAAUUCAAGCCAGUUCUUAUCCUCAACCAUGUGCUGGGCCACUGGCUGGGGCAAGAUCAAUAGCGAUGAGCAACUGCCUGCCAGUGCGCCACUUCAACAGGUUCAAAUUCCUGUUGUUGGAAAAAAGGAGUGCAGCUGCAUUUAUGGAGCAAUCGAAGCAGCAAACAUCACUGACACAAUGAUCUGUGCUGGGGAACUGAACAAAGGAAUAUGUCAGGGGGAUUCUGGCGGGCCCCUGCAAUGCAAGCUAAACUCCAUUUGGAUCCAAGCGGGUAUCUCCAGUUUUGGAAUACCUUGUUCUAUUGGUGUACCUGAAGUCUUUGCCAGGGUUUCUCAGUUCGAGUUGUGGAUUAAAGAACAAAUGGCAGCGGAUGGAGCCAGCGCAAGCUUUAGGACUGUCACACCUAGUGGUACAGACCCAGACAGCAGCUUUGACUGUGACGCGCACUUUGGAACUACACCUGCGGACUCCACGGUACCACCGACAACAUCGAGAGCAUCCAGCGUCACAACGAAGUUGACGUUUGUUGUUGUGUUAGUGACAUUACUGCAGCCAUUGUAGUGCGAUAAUACAGAAAUACUUGUUGAGUUUAGUUUCAGUGUGUUCUAUCAGACUCCAGCAGAACAAUUAUUAUCUACUAAUACACUACUCCCGCUAAUCUAUCGUAUUUUACCGGACUAUAAGUCGCUCCGGAGUAUGAGUCGUACCAGUGCCCUCUGGUGGCUUGUCAGUGUGAAAAUAAUCACAUGUAAUUUUUCAGUUGUACAGG